AUGAGGACGUUGAAACGUUGGAUGUGGACAUCGAUCGACUCGGAUCGACGAAGUGUUGGUAAAUUUUUUGAUCAUUUUACUGCUGUACCGUUGUUACUGCAACUAUUGCUGCCAACUGAUGGUGGUAACGAUGAUGACAACAGUUCAGGUAAGCAGCAGCAGCAGCAGAAGAAUCAGAAGAAGAAAAUAGAAAGAAAAGAACGAGCAGAAGGCUAA